AUGUUUCAAAUGAUAAUUUUUGAAAGCAGGAAACAAGGAAAGAAGCAUCAGAUGGAAAUCAUUAAAGCAACAAGAAGCAGGAGAAAGCAACAAUGGUUAAAUGACGGCGCUGAAGAAUUGUUCUGUGAAAUGACAACAAAAUAUAAAAAAAAGAAAGGUGAAAGAGAAAGUGAAAAUAUUGGCUCAUUUAAAAAUCCAUUGGGAUACAUUUGUCGUAUGCUAUGUCAAUCUGAGUCUCUCUUCUGGUGUGUGACAAACAAAAAGGAUUGA